CUCUCUCUCUCUCUCUCUCUCUCUCUCUCUCUCUCUCAUGACAAUCAGAUCAAUUUUGAAAUUAUUCAGUUACCUUAUGAAAUGCGUGUGGAGAAAUUCAUCAAAUACACUGUAAAUUUCAUCUCUUUUCUAAGUGUACGAAAAUGGCUUCUCUCAAAGUCCCAGCGAACGACCCUUUCCCCGCCGAAGAUGCUGCCGAUCAAUCUCAAGGACGAGACCCCAACGACGAGUCACUGGCCAUACCGGUUCUGGUUCAGGUCCGCGGCUUGAUCCGCAAGGCUCGACCCGACACCUACAACGAGGAUCUCCUCAAGGAUUUGGACAGAGGGCGUUCGACUGAAUUCGAGCGAGCCAUCCUGCUCUGGGCUCUUGACCCGGCAGAGAGAGAUGCCUUCUUGGCCAAGAAAGCAACGAAAUUGUUCACUUCUAACAACUGGGUCGUAGUGGAAAUCGCUUGCACGAGGUCAAGUUUCGAGCUUUUCAAUGUCAAGCAGGCUUACCAAGCUCGUUACAAGGAAUACCUGGAGGAGGAUGUCUCUUCCCACACUUCUGGAGAUCUCAGGAAGCUUCUGCUUCCUCUUGUCAGCACAUUCAGGUACGAGGGAGAGGAGGUCAACAUGAUGCUGGCGAGAUCCGAGGCCAAGAUACUUCACGACAAGAUCUUGGAGAAGGCUUACAGUGAUGAUGACUUCAUUAGAAUCUUGACCACGAGGAGUAAGUCUCAGCUCGGAGCAACGCUCAACCACUACAAGAACGAGUAUGGAAACGCCAUUAACAAGUAUAUGCAGAACCUGAAGGAAGAUCCAAAGAAUGAAUACCUCAAACUACUCAGAGCAGCGAUCAAGUGCUUGACCUACCCUGAGAAGCACUUCGAGAAGCUUCUGCGUCUAGCCAUUAACAAGAUGGGAACAGACGAGUGGGCGCUGACCCGAGUGGUCAUUACACGAGCAGAGGUGGACAUGGACCGCAUCAAAGAGGAAUACCUGCGCAGGAACAGCAUUCCACUAGACGACGCCAUUGUCAAAGUCACUUCUGGCGAGUACAUGGACCAUCUUCUUAUCCUUACCCGACAUGGAAAUGCUUUCAAAACUCAGUAGCCAGGACCAAGCAGAUAAGGUUUUUCACCUGUUUUCCUGCGUCUUCCUUAGCUUCCUCGGUUUCUAUGACCAGUUGUUGAAGAAAACUGUUGUGCGGCAUUGAGGCAGUGUUAUAUAUCGAUGCUCUUCUAGAUUGAUU